CAGAUACACAACCACUUAACCUAAAAAUAUUUGACUUAUCAUUGCCUGUAAUCUCUCCUAAGGCAUUGCCUUCGGCACUGCACUGCUUCGCCCCGAGUACGGGGCAACACGUUGCCCUUUUAUGUGUAAUAAUUUAGUUCACGCAUCUCUAAUUAACUUAUACAUAAUUGGCGCACGGAAGGCUAUCUAUGGCGCAUGAAUUCAUGCUGUGUGAACUGAUACAGAUAGGAGGGAACUUAUAUAAUUUCGUUUUUGUGUGACCAUGGCGCCUCAAGCAGAGCAUGUCGAGGACAUUCCGUUCACCAAACAGAUGCGGAAGGCCACCCGCGACAUACACAGCGUCAGCGACGCGCUCAUCAACGCCAAACUCGGCAUCGCGCUGUCGGACAACGCCGUCUGGGCCGAGGGCCUGCUGGUGUUCUAUGAUGUGUUCGCCUACCUGGAGUCGGCGCUGGACCGGCUGGGCGACAGUCUGGUCGGCGAGCUGGACGUGCCGGGCAUGCGGCGCCGCGCCGCCUUCGAGGCCGACCUGGCGCACUACCUGGGCGCCGAGUGGCGGCUGCGGCACGCGCCGCGGCCGGCCGUGCAGCGCUACCUGGACCACCUGGCCGACCUGGAGCGCGACGAGCCGCACCUGCUCAUGGCCUACAUCUACCACCUCUACAUGGGACUGCUCUCCGGCGGCCAGGUGCUGCGCGCCAAGCGCCGCCUGCUCCACCGCGUGUUCGGCGGCAGCGCCGACGCGCCGGGCAACGCCGUCACCGACUACGGCGCGCACACGAUCCGCCAGCUGAAGACGCGGCUGGCGGCGGCCAUGAACGCGGCCGCUGACCAGCUGGACGACGUCACCCGGCGCCAGUUGAUCGACGAGAGCCGAGAGGUGUUUGUGCGCAACAACGAGAUCGUGGCAACGGUGCGCGGCGCCGAGCAGGUGCUGCUGCGCCGACUGGGCACCGCCGCCCUGCUGGUGCUGCUGCUGGCCGCGCUCUACUGGCUGCUGCUCAGGUAGAUACCGCCGCCAGGCGCCUGGCCCUCCUCAGAGUCCCAUUAUGGAGAGAAUGGAGUGCCCGUAACUCGCCGUUCGCAGAGGAGUUGGGCGACCACGUGCCGCAGAGUCCUGUUCUCAUAGAUGGUAGCGGUGAACCGUGGAGCGCUGCUCAAAGUGGCUCAGGUGAUACUUUUAACAGUCUAGUUUGAUACAGAGGGUGUUGUGAGGAAGUGCGAACCCGUCACAUGGUGCAUGUAUAAUUGCGGCGAGUGUGCCACGGACCUCAUCUCCUGCAGUUUUAUGGAUGUCAUUACUCGUAUACUGGGGCGCCCGGCGCCAGCAUGUUAUUAUUGCAUGGUAGUACCGGAGGGCCGUGUUGACUGAUGUUUUACGAGCGUAUUACUGUGAGCCAAGCGCUGUGUCUUUCCUUAAAGCGACCUUUAGAAGAAGGUUACUAGAAUAAUGGCAUACUUAUCCAGAACCAACUCAAAUACCUAUAAUACAUACAUGAAGUAUGCGUUUAA